CUAUAAAUACUCAACUUAUUGCACAAAGAUUUCACAUCCUGUAUACGUUUUCCAUACAGUGUAAAAAUUUCUUGUUUCUGUGGGUACAUUCAGUUUGUUUCUUUUGAAGAUUUUCUUCUUGUAAGAAGAAAAUGUUGGCAAUAUUCAAGAAGGGUUUGGUAAAUCCACCACAGGAAUUGAAUGGCCCAGUUUCUCCUCAAGCUGCUGUUAGCCCCAAGAAAUCUGAGGAGAUAUUGAAGGGUUUUUUAUCUGAUGCCUUCAAUGGCUUUUCCAUUGGCUUUGGUGACAAGGCAUUAUUGGCAUAUACUCCACUAGAACCCUCAUUCAAGGCACAUCAAAGGUUGUUCUGUGGUGUAAAUGACAUGUACUGCAUUUUUUUGGGGAGUUUAAACAACUUGUGCACCCUCAACAGGCAAUAUGGCCUAUCAAAGGGUAGUAAUGAGGCCAUGUUUUUAAUUGAAGCAUAUCGAACCCUCCGAGACCGGGGCCCAUACCCGGCUCAUGAGGUGCUCAAGGAUCUUGAAGGAAGCUUUGGAUUUGUGAUCUAUGAUCACAAGGCUGAAACUGUGUUUACUGCCCUUGGUGCAGACGAUGCAUUGAAGCUCUACUGGGGCAUAGCAGCUGAUGGAUCUGUUAUUAUCUCUGAUAAUGUGGAUCUUGUCAAAGCUAGCUGCAGAAAAUCAUUUGCCCCAUUCCCACCAGGGUGCAUGUACCAUAAUGAAAGAGGAUUGAUGAGCUUUGAGCAUCCAAUGAACAAAAUGAAAGCCAUGCCCAGAAUUGACAGUGAAGGGGCAAUAUGUGGAGCCAAUUUCAUGGUUGAUGCCUAUUCUAAAGUCAAUAGCAUGCCAAGGGUUGGGAGUGAAGCUAAUUGGGCAAACUGGGGCCAACAGGCUUGAUGUUUAAAUUUUAAAUCUACGGAUAUUGACAUGACCAACAAACUCAACCACCCACUUUUUGCUUUAUGUGAAUUUGAUUCUGUGUUAUUUUCUGUACCCAUUUUAGUUUAUUUAAUUCUCCUCAGCAUGUAAAUUUGGUAAGUGACUGUAGUUUAUUUAAAACAUAAGUGAAUUUUCUUGUGUUCAA